AUGCGUGACGUGACGGCAAAUGGGGGACCGGUGAAGAAGGUGCUCAUCGACAUCCAACGCGUCGUCCAGCAACGCCAUGCCAAUGUCUUCUCCAAUCAUCACCUGCUCACCUUUCAGGUGCUCUUGGCGUUGUCGGCGGUGGGUCGUGUGCUGUCCCUAUCAUCCACCCUCUUCGCCUUCCUCUCCCUCACCUCGAUCGGAUUCUACUCGUUGCAGCUCGUCAAGCAUUUUGCAGUUGUUCAGGUCAUAACCUACGCGGUGGUCUCUCUCCUCUCCCUGUUCGCCUACAUCUUCUUCGGCCACAUCGGACUGCUAUAUUCCGAGCCGAUGGCUGGUCUUCUGCCCGUUGACAUGGCGAUGAUGGUGUUGUUGAAGCAGUUCCUGCCCGAUUCGAUCGUCUUGACGACGCCGUUUGGCCGGUUGAAGUACACCCAUCUUCCGUUGACGAUGGCCUCCUUGCUGACAGUGGCGGCUGUGAUUCGCCUGGUCCACCCGAUUGCCGCCCUCCAAUCAUUUGUCGCCAUGCAGAUCUCUUGGACGUAUUUGCGCUUCAUCCAGCCCCAUUCCCUCGACGCAACUAUUGGCGAUCCAUCCGAGCACUUCUCCUGGGCCAGCCUUUUCCCAUCGGCCACCCGCCCAGCGAUGGCCAUUAUUGGGAAGCUCUUCCACCGUACCCUCGUGCGUCUCGGUCUCUUUCGCCGCAAGAUCCGCAUCGUCGACGUGUCGAAAGUGGGCGGCAACAACGAGAAUCUGCCCUCUUUUGAAGAUCCCGAACGAGACGUCGAACGCCGGAAACGCCUCGCAUUACAGGCCCUAAAAGAGGGAUUGUCGAGAAGAGACGGCCCCGAAUCCCCUCCGCCAACUGCCAUUGAUGUCGAUGUGAUGACGGAA